AUGGGUCAGAGCACAUCUUACGAGGAGCUAGACCGCAAGAGGGCACUUAACAAGUUUCACAUGGCAGCUCUUCUGAAGAGUAAGCGAAGUGGUAAGAGCGAAAACACUUUCAUUGUUGAUGUACGAGACGCCUUUGAAGUAAAAAGAUAUGGUACUAUCCCCUUCUCCGUACAUAUUCCAUCCUCGGAGGUGCGAAGCGCGUUUCGCAUGAGUCCCACCGCAUUCGAAACAAAGUAUAAAAUACGUAUGCCGCAGGCAUCGGACAAAAUUGUUUUCUUUGAUCAGCGCCACGGCCGAGCGGCAACGGCAGUUGAUGUGGUGGAAGCGUUGGGGUACAGAGCAGCAACUUACUUCGCAGAUGGGUACAAUGAAUGGAGUAAAUUUACGCAAGGAGAGCAAGAGGAGGACCUCUAA